CUCGGGCUCGCGAUGGGGAAGAAGUCCAGGGCGGUACCCGGCCGCAGGCCCAUCCUGCAGCUCUCUCCGCCCGGUCCCCGGAGCGGCACCCCCGGGCGGGAUCCGGAGCCGGAGCCCGACAUCGAGCCGGACUCGACGGCGGCGGCCCCCAAUCCAGAUGAGCAGGAAGUGGCCACUGAGGUUCCUAGAGUGGUAGUUCAAAAUCCUCCAAAACCAGUCAUGACUGCUAGGCCCACAGCUGUUAAAGCAACAGGAGGUCUUUGCUUACUUGGUGCGUAUGCGGACAGUGAUGAUGACGAGAGCGAUGCCUCAGAAAAACCAGCACAAUCUAAAGAGGCGAACGGGAAUCAGUCGGCUGAUAUCGACAGUACAUUGGCCAACUUUCUAGCGGAGAUUGAUGCCAUAACAGCUCCUCAGCCUGCAGCUCCUGUAGGAGCUUCUGCUCCACCUCCCACUCCACCUCGCCCGGAACCCAGGGAACCAUCAGCUUCGGCCCUUUCUGCCAAUGCUUCAAAUGGCACCGACUCAAGCCAAAUUUCUGGGUGGCAGUAUGACACUCAGUGUUCACUGGCAGGAGUUGGAAUUGAGAUGGGAGAUUGGCAAGAAGUCUGGGAUGAGAACACAGGAUGCUAUUACUAUUGGAAUACACAAACCAAUGAAGUGACUUGGGAAUUACCCCAAUAUCUUGCUACCCAAGUACAAGGGGUACAACACUACCAGCCCAGUUCUGUAGCAGCUGCUGAAGCUGGUUUUGUGGUAGCUACAGACAUAAUUACUAAGGAGAAAACCGGUUCUGUGUCCAGUAGUAAAACUGGACUGGUCAUAUCCAAGCGAGAGGUCAAAAAGGAAGUGAAUGAAGGAAUUCAAGCACUCUCAAAUAAUGAAGAGGAGAAAAAAGGAGUGGCAGCAUCCCUGCUUGCUCCUUUAUUGCCAGAGGGAAUAAAAGAGGAAGAAGAAAGAUGGAGAAGAAAAGUAAUUUGUAAAGAAGCAGAGCCUGUGUCUGAGGUGAAGGAAGCAAGCACAGCAGUGGAAGCAGCAGCAGCGAUAGCACCGAAGCCACAGGACAUUGUGGUGGACAGUGUAGAAGACCCUUCUCCAGAGGACCUUUGCAGUGUUGUUCAGUCUGGAGAAAGUGAGGAGGAGGAAGAGCAGGAUACUCUGGAGCUGGAGCUGGUGUUAGAAAGGAAAAAGGCAGAGCUUCGAGCAUUGGAGGAAGGAGAUGGUAGUGUGUCAGGUUCCAGUCCACGUUCUGAUGUCAGCCAGCCAGCAUCUCAAGAUGGAAUGCGUAGACUUAUGUCUAAAAGAGGAAAGUGGAAGAUGUUUGUUCGAGCUGCCAGUCCAGAAUCCACCAGCCGAAGUUCUAGCAAAACUGGACGGGAUACUCCAGAAAAUGGAGAAAUUGGUAUUGGUGCUGAAAAUUCAGAAAAAAUAGAUGAGAAUUCAGACAAAGAGGUAGACGUAGAAGAAUCCCCAGAGAAGACAAAAGUACAAACAGCACCAAAAGCUGAAGAAGAGCAGGAUUUGAAAUUUCAGAUUGGAGAACUGGCAAAUACCCUGACCAGUAAAUUUGAAUUCCUAGGCAUUAAUAGACAGUCCAUCUCCAACUUUCAUAUGCUGCUCUUACAGACUGAGACUCGAAUUGCAGACUGGCGGGAAGGGGCUCUUAAUGGAAACUACUUAAAACGAAAACUUCAGGAUGCAGCAGAGCAACUAAAACAGUAUGAAAUAAACGCCACUCCUAAAGGCUGGUCCUGCCACUGGGACAGGGAUCAUAGACGCUAUUUCUAUGUAAACGAACAGUCCGGCGAAUCUCAGUGGGAGUUCCCUGAUGGUGAGGAGGAGGAGGAAGAAAGCCCAGCCCAAGAGAGUAGAGAAGAGACUCUUCCUAAGCAGAUUUUGAAAGAUAAAACUGGCCCUGACUCAAAUUCUGCAGAAUCCUCCGAGAAUUCCACAGGUCCUCUUUGUAAGGAGUCGUCCUUUUCUGGCCAAGUUUCUUCUUCAUCACUUAUGCCACUCACUCCAUUCUGGACCCUUCUUCAGUCAAAUGUACCUGUGCUCCAACCUCCAUUACCCUUGGCACCACCACCACCACCACCUCCGCCGCCAGCCUCCCCACCGCCGCCACCACCACCGCCUCCACCACCUCCACCGCCGCCGCCACCACCACCGCCACCUCCUCCUCCACCUCCUGUAGAGGACGGUGAGAUACAAGAAGUCGAGAUGGAAGAUGAGGGGAGUGAGGAGCCUCCGGCCCCAGGAACAGAGGAAGAUACUCCUUUGAAACCUUCAACACCAACCCCAGUUGUAACCACCCAGAGUUCCAUGGAUUCCAUUACCUCAAGUUCUCCUUCCAUUAAAGCGGUGAAGAGAAAGGCUGCAGAGAUGAGCACUGCUGUAGUCCAGAGAUCCGCCACCAUCGGCAGCUCUCCCGUCCUCUACAGCCAGUCGGCUCUAGCUAGAGGUCAGCAGGCAACAGGGAUCAGUACCCAGGCUGCAGUGAUUGGUCACCCAGCAGUAACAGUUAGCCAUCCGGCCACAGCAGUGACUCAGGCCAGAGCAAUGAGCCUCCAGUCGAGUUACCUUGGACUUACAACAGCAUCUGCAAUGAUGAGCUACGCGGAAUGUCCUGUCCCCAUUGGAGUGACUGCUCCCACGAUUCAGCCGGUUCAGGCUGUUCCAGAACCACCUCCUCCCCCUCCCCCUCCUCCCACACCACCUCCACCAGCACCCAAAGUGCCGCCAUCUGACAAAACCAAAAAAGGAAAGAAAGACAAGGCAAAGAAGAGUAAAACCAAAAUGCCGUCUCUGGUAAAGAAGUGGCAGAGUAUCCAGCGGGAGCUCGAUGAAGAGGAGCAUUCUAGUUCCAGUGAGGAGGACCGGGAGUCAAACACCCAGAAGCGAAUUGAAGAGUGGAAGCAGCAGCAGUUGGUCAGUGGCAUGGCAGAGAGAAAUGCUAAUUUUGAAGCCCUUCCUGAGGAUUGGCGAGCACGACUAAAAAGAAGGAAAACAGCACCAAACACAUAGUAGUUUUGUUAAGAACUUUUAUUUUUAGUAUUUGUUUUGUUUUCUGUUAUGUUCAGUCUUCCAAUUGUACUAUUGUCAAAUUGUAAAUGUCACUGGGGAAACAAUGCGUUUUCUGGGCAAGAGCAUACAUGGAUACACGUAUGUACCAAGUUUUCACCUUUGUGGAAUGAAAUUCUUCUGUUUUGCUGAGGGGCGAGGUUGCUUUGACCUGUGUUCUCGCCCUUGGAAGCCCAGCGAGUUCGGGACAUUCACCACAUCAUGUUUAAACAUAGAGCCACGGCAUGCCCGGCUCUGUGAGGGACUCGGACGAAAAGUGAAGGCUUGUCCUGCCUAAUAGGGGCUCCUUUCCUUCUUGGUGUGGCUCCUACACCAGCUCUGGCUCCAGAACAAGUGCAAUUAAGAAGGCAGCUCUGUAAUCCACCUAGUAAAACUAGGGCCCGUGGAUCUUCUCUGACCUCCCUCCUAUAGUCUUUCACCCCUCACAGUGCUGACAAAUGGCCACAUAUACUUGUUGUUUCCCCACAGAGUCCAAAACUGAUAGCUUGGGUAUUUCACACAAUAAACAGGUGGCAUAUUUCAGUUUUAUUGCAGGCAACAAUAGUUGAUGGUUCAUGCACUUGAUGUUGAGAAUUUCCCCCUCGAGUAUAUGGCGGUACAUGUAAUGAGAGCCACUCUAUGUAUCGGAUGGCCAUUGUCUUACCUAUUCCAAAGUCCACCUCCCUUCUAUGUGUGACCGUACUCCAUAAAUUUCCAGUAUUUAAAAAAGCCGUUUCCUCUUCAGAACUUUCUAUUGUAUCUCAAUCAGGUAAAAGUCACUUUAAACUGAAGAAAAGGCAAAUUGUGUUUUAAAACUCUUUGUACUUCUCCAGUUUGGGGCCUUGUAAAUUUGUAUAUAUGGACUAAUAAAGCUUUUUUAUAUA